AUGUCCACCACCGCAACCACAACUUCAGAAGAAGUGAGCAGCAACGAGUGGGAAGUGAUACACAUGAGCGAGCAAGAGGAGGACCUGAUUCACAGGAUGUACAAGCUAGUCGGAGACAAGUGGAAUUUGAUAGCGGGUCGCAUUCCGGGUCGUAAAGCAGAAGAAAUAGAGAGAUACUGGAUCAUGAGACACACUCACGCUUUCUCUGUUACAACAAAUCAAAGUAAAGCCAAAACCUCUUAG